ACGCUCCUCGCUGCAAACAUGGCGCUGACAGUUCUCUCCAAACUUUUAUCAGGAGCCGUUUACUGAUGUCACAGGCACUUUCCGCCCUGACAGCGGCUCACACGGAGUUAGGACUAUUUAUAUCCAAAUUCUCCAUUGAACCGAGAUGGAAAGGAGUCGAAAAGCGUUGUCAAAAAUGUAACUUUAGCGUUGUUUCGCGUUGCCCGGGGUUAGCCUGCGGGAGCUAAUGCAAACACGGUCAACAAGUGAGCCGCUUAAACCUCUCCAAACUAACUGGGGUUGUGCUGAUCGCGCUGGAAUUACCUCACAUACCCUUCCCGGGAGUUCAGCUUUCAUUUGUGCCUUUCUUCGACACUGUUUAGACUUGUAAACAAUCUAAAAUGUGUCGUUUUCUGCGCUACUGUGUUAGCCACUGUCUGCACGCCGCCAUGACCCGGCUGGACGAGGUGAACGGGGAGGUUAGUGUCUGGUCCUCGGUCCGAUGGUUGGGUUAUUUAUCCGGGAUCAACCUGCUCAUAGCCCUUUUCCUGGGUCUGUACGUGCGCUGGGAGAAGACAGAGGGCUCCACGAUACUUGUGAUCUUGAUUUUGGCGCUGCUCGUUUUGGGAAUAGCGAGUAUAUUGCACUAUUUUUUCAACAUGGAGAGAGUGAGCUUGAGUUUGCUGCAUUUAUGGUUUGGAUUUUUGCUCGGGCUGCUCUGUUUUAUCAAUAACCCUGUCACUGUGAGGACUGAUGACAAAGAGUUAGCUGCAAACUACAUGAUGCUGGUCAGUAUGGCGCUACGGACUCUAUGGGCGCUGUUGGAGAGGCUGUUCGGCCGCACCAGGUACCGUCCGGCCUUCUUGACCUCUGCAGAGCGUCAGGAGCUGGCUGGCUUCGCUGUGGCCAGUACUGCUCUGCUCAUCCAAAAGUCUCUCUCUGUCAUGGUGCUGCUGAUCUCCCUGGGGACCGUCAUGGUUGCUCUGAGAAUGAAAGCCCUCCUCUCCCUCCCAAACCUCGUGUCCUUCGCCCUCAUCACCGGAGUGGCCUUUUUUAAGUCGUUACAUUUGGACAUAAACCCUUUUGCUUUGGCCUGUUUCUUCUCUCAGCUGCUCUGUGAUCCUCUGCUGGACCUGUACUUCAGUGGACUCUCCGUCACCGAGCGCUGGCAGCCGUUUCUGAUCUGGAGAGGCCUGUGGAGGAGGCUGUCGCUGCUGCCUCUCUUGCUGGUGGAAGGGGUGUUCCUGGCUCUCUCAUCUCGGAAGCUCCUGCACUUGGACACGUGGUACCUCCUGGUCCCCGGCUUCAUCGCGGCCUCUCUGUUCUGGAGCAUCUGUCACCUGGUUUUCGUGGUCACCGUUUGGGGCUUUCACACCAAACUCAGCGACUGUCAGAGGGUCAGCUGGUCCCAAGGGCCUGGCCUCAGUGGACUAGACAAGAUCAUGGCCUCCAAAGGAAUGAGACACUACUGCCUCAUCUCAGAGCGCCUCCUGCUGUUCACACUGGGCUCUACGAUCGCUGUGGGGGCUCUGUGCUGGCAGAGCUCGAGCAGUCUGUUCCUCAGUGUGUUCCUCCUGGUUCUGCCGUUGGAGUCUCUGUUUCAUGGACUCUUUUCUGAACUGGGCCGCAGCCUCGGAGGGACCUGUGUGGGCUACGCCGUGGUCAUCCCCACCAACUACUGCAGUCCUGAUGGCCAGCCCACUCUGCUGCCUCCAGACGCGGUGCAGGAAUUGAACCUUCGCUCCACGGCGAUGCUGAGCAGUGUCCAGAGAUUCUUUGCUCAUCACCUCAUCGAGUCGUUUGGCUGUGACUAUUCCACCAGCGGAGUGACUCUGGAGGCCCUGCAGGCCAAAGUCCGCUCCUUUUUAGACCUGAGGACGUCAGACGGACCCAGGCACGAUACCUACAUCAUCUACUACAGCGGACACACACACCGCUCCGGAGAGUGGGCUUUGUCUGGUGGAGACACUCUGCGCCUGGAGCAGCUGGUGGACUGGUGGAGGGAGAAGAAUGGAGGUUUCUGCUCUCGUCUGAUCCUGGUCUUGGAUUGUGAAGACUCGAGGCCCUGGGUCAGAGAGGUGCAGAGAGUGGACGGGGUGUAUGUGGCUGUACAGGGCGCCACUCUGGCCAAAACACCAGGGCUCUCAACACAAAACACACAGGACGUCCCGCAGCUUGGCGACUUCACCUCUCAAUGGGUCGAAUACAACUGCAACCCCCACAGUGAUAUCCGGUGGUCAGAGCGGGGAAGGGCCGUCAGCGCCAUCUACGGUCUGUCCAAACAGUGGGGCGACUAUACUUUACAUUUGCCCACCGAUACUGACGUCACCAACCACUGGGGGGUGUACUUUCCCCGCGUCACGUACCCCGUGGUGCAGUUGGCGCUGUGGUGUAGCCGACUGGACGUUUUGUGGCUGUGUGGAGUUUGUCUAAGAUGUUUAAAAAGGUUCAAACUUACAUGGUUUCCUCCUGCCAUCCUCGAUACAGGUCAAGGUUUCAAACUAGUGCGGACGUAGGACGAGAGAAGAGAAAUAAUCCUCCACAGUCCCUUCCCAGAAUGUUGGCACUUUUGGUAAAUUUGAGGGGUUGCAGGUUACUUGAUGUGUGGUUUUGGAGAUUGAUUGACUCCAGUAUGUUCCUCGCCCUCACAAACCUUUGUUCUAAUUUGUCUCAGGUGCCAACAUGAGUGGAGGUUAUUCAAAGAUUUUGGACCCAGUAAAUAUGGGCAGCUACUGUAAUGUAACACAUUUAUUAAAGGAUGGGUUCACACUAGAGUAAAAAGUGUGUGGUUUGUAAUACUUUUUGUAGCCAAGUCUGAGCAGGAAAAUCCCUGUUUAAGGGACUGUGAUGAACACUAGUAUGAAGACAGCUGCAAAAGAUUAGAUAAGUUCAAAAUGUCUUUUUUUUUAGCAUAUUUUAUUUAUUUAGAAGUAAUCUUUAAUGUCUGUGAAUCAAACUUAGGCUUAGAUGCCGUUUUUUCCGCACUAUAGGGUGCUCUGGAUUAUAAGGCACACUGUCAUUGAAUGGUCUAUUUUCAAACUUUUUUCAUAUAUAAACAGCACCGGACUAUAAGGCGCAUUAAACGAAACACAACAGUUAGAUAAGUCAGUCAAACUUUAUUUAACGCGUUCACAAUAACUCUCAACUUUGUUCAAUUGUAACGUCUAAAAAAAAUAUUGUCUGAGACGCUAAAUUGUUCGUGUAUUCACAAUAAGUCAUAAUAGUUCAAACAGUUGGGCGAUUACAGCGUCCAGCACGUCCACAUCCCUCUGUCAUUAUCCGAGUCAGUGUGGUUACUGUUCCCUGGAGUUCAGUUCAGUGAUGAUUCUGGUCUUGGUGAAAGCUCGGACCACAGUUGAUACUGAUCCUUAGUCCAGGCGUCCACGAUCCGUUGGCAGAUCGUGGUGUAAGUCGCUUGGUGCUGUCUCUCUGUCUUGGUGAAUGUGUGUUCUCCUUCUCUCAUCCACUGCUCCCACGCAGUUCACACUUUCACUUUAUAACAGCCUUGAGUUUAAAGUGGGCGUUGUAAGUGUGUCUCUUGACAGGUGCAUUUUGAUAUUGUGUAUUACUCCUGACUACGGGAGCCGUAAUGCUGCAAGUGGAGCGGCUUUGUAGUUUACUAAAGUCAUACUAAGACACCCCAAUAAAUUCAUAUAUAAGGCGCUCUGUUGUUUUUGGAUGAAAUUAAAGGCUUUUAAGUGUGCCCUAUAGUGCAGAAAACACGGAAGUCUAGUGUAUUAUGUUUUUUUUUUUUUUUUUACUAAACAAAAUGAUAUGAAUCCACUUUUGUCCAGUGUGAACCCAAACUUGGUUGAGUUACUGAUUUUGCUUUUUUACAGAUUUGUAUUUUAAUUUAAUUUUAUUGAUAAACCAUAACAUAUUUGCAUGAGGGCAAUAGAAAGCACAUUGAGAACAUUUGCACAUGUAACUGUAUUUUGUGUAAAUCUGUGCCUUAAAUAUCCAAAGACCAAUGUGAAUCCAGUAAGUUCACAAAACUAAAUGACAAUCAUAAACUAAUAUUGUAAUACUCCUGCUUUACACUAUGCAUUUUGAUACAUUUACCAAAUCUUUUCUAGUAAAGUCUCUUCAUUUUGACAUAUUUUUCACCACUCCAGCUGCUUAAGACUCCAAAGAAUACAUGUGACUUUUUUAUGCUUUGCACAAGAUGAGAUGUGAUAACUUAAACUGGUCUAUGCAAGUCUUGCCUGUUUUUUUUAUAUAUAUAUACUUAAGCAAAAUAAAGCGGCUAUGCAAUAAAGCAGUGCUCACAACC